ACCCCGCCCCCCGGCAACUAGCUCUUCGGCGAGGUCUCAGGCCGGCGUCCACGCCAACCCGACCUCUCUUGCGGUGACUCCCAGCUGCGAGGUCAAGAGUCGGGCCCGCUUUGAACGGACUCAGGCGCUGGCCUGCAAAAGCCUCGCGGCGGGCCAUCACCCUGCUCGCCCUGCGCGGUGGACGCUCACCCGCGGUGGGGAGUUUUCCGCUAGUGUCAGAGACAUGAACUACUCACGGUUCCUCACCGCCACGAGCGCAGCGAGAACGCCCUCUGCCAUCCGAGUCGCGACUGAGAUACGGAUAAAGGCACCGAAAUCAGUCAUCUCCUUGGCUACUGGAUCACCAAACCCCAACACGUUCCCUUUUAAGACUGCUGUUAUCACCAUAAAAAAUGGAAAGCCCAUCCAAUUUGAUGAAGAGAUGAUGAAGAGGGCACUUCAGUAUUCUCAAAGUGCUGGAAUCCCAGAGCUGUUGUCCUGGCUAAAACAGUUACAAGUAAAAUUACAUAAUCCUCCCACCAUCAAUUAUCCAAGCAGUCAAGGACAGAUGGACAUAUGCAUAACAGCUGGCAGCCAAGAUGGUCUUUGCAAGGUGUUUGAAAUGAUCAUUAAUCCUGGAGAUAAUGUCCUCCUAAAUGAACCUGUUUAUUCAGGAACACUUCAAGCUCUGAAGCCACUGGGCUGCAACAUCAUUAAUGUCGCCAGUGAUGAAUAUGGGAUGAUUCCGGCCUCCCUCAAAGAAGUCCUUUCCAAAUGGAAACCGGAGGAGUCAAAGAACCCUAAAAAAAACACCCCCAAAUGUCUUUACAUUGUCCCAAAUGGCAACAACCCUACUGGAAACUCAUUAACAAGUAGCCGCAAGAAGGAAAUCUAUGAGCUCGCAAGAAAAUAUGAUUUCCUCAUCAUAGAAGAUGAUCCUUACUAUUUUCUCCAGUUCAGCAAGCCCCGGGCACCAACAUUUCUUUCCAUGGACGUUGAUGGGCGUGUCAUCAGAACAGACUCUUUUUCAAAAGUCCUCUCCUCUGGGCUGAGAAUAGGGUUUAUAACUGGUCCAAAAUCCUUGAUAGAGAGAGUUGUUUUUCACACACAAGUCUCAACCAUGCACCCCAGCACUUUUACACAGCUUCUGAUCUCACAGCUUCUACACCAGUGGGGAGAAGAGGGUUUCCUGGUUCAUGUAGACAGGGUUGCUGAUUUCUAUAUGAACCAGAAGGAUGCAAUAGUGGCAGCUGCAAACAAAUGGUUAAGUGGUUUGGCAGAAUGGAAUGUUCCUACUGCUGGAAUGUUUUUAUGGGUUAAAAUUAAGGGCAUUUCUGAUGUAAAACAACUGAUUGAAGAAAAAGCCAUUAAGAAAGAGAUAUUAAUGCUUCCUGGAAAUAUUUUCUACGUUGAUAGCUCAGCUCCUAGCCCUUACUUUAGAGCGUCCUUCUCUUCAGCUUCUCCAGAAGAGAUGGAUGUGGCCUUCCAGAGAUUAGCCCAACUUAUUAAAGAAUCUUUAUGAAGAAAUAAAACCCUAUGAAGAAACCAAAAUGUUUCAUGGAUUUUUCAGAUAAAUUAUUGUUAGCUUUUAGCAGGAAGAAAUCAUUGGCUUCACACUUACAGACUGGAUUUCAAGAAGCAUGUCAUAUCUGCAGUAAUUUAACUAGACAACUUUUAAAGUGCCCUUAAUUAAAUUCAUCAGAUUGACAAGAUAUUUUUAUAAUCCACUUAUACCUUUUGAUAAAUUUUCAUCCUGCAAAAGUGAUUCUUAUCCUCGAUUUUACUAUAAAGAAUUCUAGUUGUUUUAUGGUUCCUCAUAAAUUAUCCUUGAAACUAACAUUUUACAAUAAAUUAUUUUGAAAGUGUUAGAAAAUAAAUUCAAAAUGGUAUAGAAUGUGGACUUUCUCUAUUUUUAGGAAACUUUAAUGAAAGCUAAUUACAAAAAUUGUUAAAAUUUGGUCAUUGUAAGUGGUUUUCAGUUAAGAGUACCACAGACAUUAUGUUGUGCCAUAGAAAUCCCUUUAAAAUAAAAUUCUGAAACUAAGCACA